AUGUCUUCCCCCAAAGGCCAAGGAGUCGACAUAACAGCCCUCUCCCUCCAACAACUCUCCCAAGUAAAGAAACAAUUCGAAGACGAGCUCACCCACCUCACGAAUUCCUUCUCACAACUACGCGCCGCGCAAGCGAGAUUCAAGGAGUGUCUAAGGAGUAUCAGUCAGGGUGCUGGUGCUAAGGCUGAAGGAAAGGAAAUACUGGUGCCGCUUACGGCGUCGUUGUAUGUACCGGGCACGUUAAAGGAUGCGGACAAUGUGAUUGUGGAUGUGGGGACUGGGUUUUACGUUGAGAAGAGUACCAAAGACGCGAAUAAGUUCUAUAAUGGCAAAGUGGAUGAGCUAGCGACAAAUCUCAAAGCUUUGGAGAAGAUUAUAUCAGAAAAAACUGAUGGUUUACGACUUAUAGAAGAUGUAUUACGGCAAAAAGUCAUGGCGCAGAAUGCUGCUGCUGCAAAUGCUACAUCAUGA